GCAGAGAAACACCAACUCGCUGCGACUCUGAACGCACCGCACAUACAAAGUAAACGAGAGGACCGCGCUCUUGCAGCUCGUUUCACCCGUGGAUACUAUCACACAACUGCCGUCGUCUCCAAAACCCUGUCCGUGGGAUACUCUGGGCUACAUCCUCUGAGUUUUACACCUCCUUUUCUAUCACCCCUUCUUUUUUUCUCAUCUUUCCUUCCCUCUUCUCAUCCCUGAGCAUCCCCCCUCCCAUUCAAGUCUUCCUGCCUGCCUGGCUAACUUUUCCACCCGACUCCAUCCCACACAACCUCCUCCAUCAACCCUCGGCAGUUUCCCUCCUCUUGUUGCAGCAGCCUGCCUCGGAUCGGGCGGAAACCCCAUUUGGUCAGUCUAGGGGGGGGAAACUGCUACAUGGGGCGCACGGUCUCGCUCGGAAAAUGGUCUGCUGUCGGUCUCUAGGCGCCCCGCUGAACCUGCCGGGAUUGGAGUUGUCGGUGCGAGUCUGCGUCUGUUCCCCACCUCGCCUGUGCUGUCGCGGCCAGUGAGAUAUGGGUCUCUCCGUGGCGGCAGCGCAGGCACCGCUCGAGGAGCCCCGGCGGCUGCGCCAGUGGAGCGGCACGGCGGGAGGCUGGCUCCGGAUCACCCUCGUCUCAUUUCUCGCUACUUUACCUGUGGAGCAGCUGCGCGCCUUCCCGUCCUCCCUCAGCGACUGCCAGACGCCGACCGGCUGGAACUGCUCCGGUUUUGAUGACCGGGACACAGACCUGUUCUUGUGCGACACCAACACAUGCAAGUUCGAUGGAGAGUGUCUAAGAAUUGGGAACAUGGUGACGUGCAUAUGUGACUUCAAGUGCAACAACGACUAUGCCCCAGUGUGCGGCUCCAACAAUCAGAACUACCAGAACGAGUGUUUCCUGCGCAGGGAUGCCUGCAAGCAGCAGUCUGAAGUACUCAUUAUGUCAGAAGGCGCCUGUCCUGCUGAUGCAGGCUCAGGAUCAGGAGACGACGGAGGCGAGGGCUCAGCUGAGGCUGGGCAGAAGGAAACGUCCACCUGUGAUAUUUGUCAGUUUGGGGCUGAAUGCGAUGUGGACGCAGAGGACGUUUGGUGUGUUUGCAACAUCGACUGUUCCCACGUCAGCUUCAACCCGGUGUGUGCCUCAGACGGUCGCUCCUAUGACAACCCCUGCCAGGUGAAGGAGGCGUCCUGUCAGAAGCAGGAACGCAUCGAGGUCAAGAACCUGGGCCACUGCCAAGGCGACGUCAAAGUCGGAGAUGGACACUUCCAACAGAUCGACCUCCCAGUAGAAGAAAAAGAUGAUCCGAGGAACGAGCUGGCCCGCAACUUGUACAUCCCCUGUCCAGAUCACUACAAAAACUACUGCGUCCAUGGAGAGUGCCAGUUCCCCAGCAUCCUGGCCCAGCCCUCCUGCAGCUGUCACUCGGGUUUCAGAGGCCCCCAGUGUGACAUCAAAGAGUACAACGUGCUCUAUGUGGUGCCCGGCUCCGGCAAACUGCACUACGUCCUCAUCGCCUCUAUCAUUGGAGCCCUCCAGGUGGUCAUCAUCUGUGUGGUGGUGCUCUGCAUUACCAGGAAGUGCCCACGGACCAACAGGAUCAACCGGCAGAAGCAGAACAAUGUCCACUUCAGUACAGAGAACACCAUGCGCGCCUCCACUCGGCUUAUCUGAGCGCUGACUCGCCGGACAGAGUCCCCCUCCACUUAUCGGAGCGCUGUGGCGUUAGAUGUUCCCCCCUUGUAGGCCAACCCCGAAAAUUAGGAUCUGCUUCCCCUCACUCCUCGCCCCCUCUCCCAGUAUGUACUUAAAGGAUGCCCGGGGAGGAUGGUGGUGCAGCAGAGACAAAGCUGGUGUACCAGCCAGCGAAGAGACUCACACGAGGAGUAACGUUGACAUCAGUCCACACCGCCGCCAACACCCCCAGUUGCAGAUGUGUCUCCCUGCACCUUGUCACUUCCGCCCAGGGUUUUUCUGAAAAAACUGAACCAUGAGGUGUCGGGGAGGGGUGGGGGCUUCGGGGAUACUGAAUGUGAGUGUGUGUGAAUGUGUAUUAGAUGUGUGAGCUUUGGUAGAGGCAGGCUAGCCGGUUGUCUGUCAUUUCUAGAUGAGGGGUUAAAGCAAAGCGGGGUAGUGCAAAGCAGGGUAACGGGCUUUAAAUGAGGUGUGUUGUUCAGUCUGGGAGGGGGGUGGGGGGUUUCGGGGCUACACGUGAUGCCUUGCACCUUGUGUUAUAGGAGACCUUUGACAGAGGGCACAAUGUUAUUAUAGAGCUCUCUGUUCGGUUGUGACGAUGACGUCAGCUUCUGUAUCUUGGGUUCUAUUUCCAAUAGUAAUUACUACAUUGUCUUGAUGGGGUCAUUUUUCUGUAAAUGUAAAUAAAUAAUUUAUAUCACGAAAUGUAACAUGCUGAGUUGCUCUUUGUUUGUUUUUAUUGUACAAUGACUAAGCAAUAAUAUGGAGACUAGUUAGUAUUUAUUGUUGUCACAAUCAUUGUGUUCUCUAACAUACAAACGUUUUAUCAUCUUUAAAGUAACAGGUCCUGACUGCUAAGUGUUAAUUUGCUUCAGUACAAUUUUUAAAUAAUUGUGUUACUUGAGUAUUUCCAUUGAAUGCCAUUUCAUC